UACCGGCAACACUGAAUGCAUCCAAAACAUUCACUGCUGACCGUUCACCGCAACGGCUUUCUCACCGAGCCGAUUACUGCGGUUGAAAACAGCAAAACAUAAUCGCGAUUCACUUGUAAAACUCUCUUAAUACUUUGACUUAAACGGUUCUUUUGAAAUUUAGAAUACAUUAAGUUUAAAGUAAUCUACAGUCCUCCUUCGGGUGUGAUUGUGAAGACAGAAACUCUCUUCUCUUGCUCAGUUUACCGGAAACAAAACUUUUUUUCUCUCACUCUCUCGCGGACUAAACUUGUUCCUAGUUGCUUGUCGCUGAAAAGAGGAAAGAGAUACUGGUCUCAGAGGCGAAUACUGGAGAUAUAUAAAGCUAGUUCCUCAUUUUUCACAAACACGUCAUGUUGUAGAAAAGAAUCUGGCUGGGGGAAAAAAGUAGAACAGCGAUUUUGUUUUAUAGACUAACUCACUGUUAAAGCGAACCCGUCAAGAAAUAGCGGAUCAUCAGACAGCUUAUCAUGGAAGAUGGUGUGGUGGAAGAAAAAACAAAAUCUAAAAUUGCUAAAGACUAUGAUAAAGCUGGCUUUGUCAAGAAAUGCUAUGCAAGAUUCUUCUGGAAGGACCGGUACAUUUUGCUGCGUAAAAACCAGCUGCUGGUGUAUGACAAUGAGGAGUCCGAAAAGUGUAUUGAGACAAUUGAACUAGAAAAAUAUGACAAAUGUCUAGCGCUACGAGGAGUUUUAAAAAAGAAACCUAAGCUUAUUUUGGUUCGUGCUCUGGGAAAUAAGGUAUCUGAUAUCAAACUUCAGACACAUAGUGCAGAAGAAAGGGAGGAGUGGAUUAAAGCUUUGAAUGAAGGAAUAAACAAAGCCAAAAAUUCUGUAUUUGAUGAGGUAAAAAUAGACGCAAGCUGUGCUCUGGAACAUGUGACACGAAAUCGAGCCAAAGUUAGUCAACCUCGUAGGCCACCAACCAGAUAUCAGCUGAAGGGGGUUACUACUUCUAUGAUAGAUCACGGCGAAGAAAAAGAACAUGUUACAGACAGCACUGAUAAUGAAGAAAAUCAUGCUCUCAAUGAUGUUGCUGAUAUUCCACAGAAGAAGGUAAUAAUUAAGCCUCCAAUGCCACCUUCUAAGGUGAAUGCUCCUACUGAGACAGACAUGGAAAGCCAUAUGAAAUAUGAUACCCCUACUACAGAUGAUCUAGGGAAGAUUACAGUAGCAGAUGGCAAAGAAGUUUGUGUUUCUGAAGAUAAGGAUGCUGAGAAGGAGAAAUCAGCCAUUAGUGGAAGUAAGGAGUGCCUCUCAGUGGUAUCUCCUGAGGGAACUGGAAAGCCUCCAACUCCACCUCCCAAGAUUUUAUCCCACCAAUUAAAAAUAAAUGAAGACUUAUUUGAUUCCAGUGGUGAAGAUGCAGGAUCUACAAAUAAAACUGAUGAAGAUUUGCAUGUUUUAGUUACUGAAAACAUGGAAGAACAUACAGAAGAUGGACAAAACAUUAUGACAAAAUCUUCACAUCCUACAUCUGCAGAUACUUCACAUAACCCAAAUGUAGAUGCUGUUGCUGCAGAAAUUAGUAAACAUGAUUUAGAUUCAGAAGGUAUCUUGAAAAAUACAGUUCACAAAAGUGUGGAGGAUGUUUCACAAGAUUCUUCUGAGAAGGUAGCAAAAUUUCCAGUCCCUCCCCCAAAAAUAUUGAAAGGAAGUGUUAGUGUUGUGCUCCCCAAUGAUGGUAAUUCAAAUUGUGAAGAAGAAAAUGUUGGAGAUCCAAAAGUGCCAGUAAGUGAAAAUAAGGAAAUCCUAUUAGAUGUCUCUAUGUCCAAGAAGAACUCUCCAAUACCUACUGUUAAGGUUCUGCCCAAGAAACCGAAGAAACCGAAAGUGAAUAUCAAUGAACAACCCAACAACAUUGAUAAAGGGAACUGCGAUACAGACAUUUCCAAUGCUUCAUCAGUAGAAAAUGUGGAAAACCAUUCAGUGGGUGUUUCUAAGGCUGAGUCAUCCCCAGCACCUGUACAUAAAAUUUUGCCCAUGAAAGUGAAAAAUGCGAAUACAUUACACUCUUCUGAAAAUGAUCCAGCAUCUGAUAAACAGGAUGAUAAAAACCUAAAUUUCUCAUUAAAUCACAGUAAAGAAAAUGUAAAAGAAAUUCCAUCAGAUCACAUACGUACAAUUAAAGUUGCUCCUCCUAAAAUUCUGAAAGAAAAAAAUACAGCAAGUUUGUCGAAACAUAAAUGCUCUUCAGUAGGGGACUUAUUGUCAGAAUCAGACAGGGAAUUAAAGAAAGAGCUGUUUAUGCCAUCAGGAUUACAGAAAGUGGAAUAUCUUGAGAAAGUUAAGAUUAAGGUGUGUUCUGAACUUAAAGAAGCAGAGGAACUUCUUCAGAUUAAUCCUGACUCUUCUUGCACAGAUGCUCAAAAUAAGCAUGUGACUGAAAACGAAGAAGAUCUGCAGCUUAGUGCAAAGCAGUACUUAAAUGAAGCUGUGGAGAAACUGAAACAAGCCUCACUGGUCUUGCAAGAAGUUAAGGAUUUUAAAGAAUUAUGUACAGAACUUUCACCAAACGAUGCACAAAACAAAAAAACAAUACAGUCCAUCUACAGAAGAAGUAUGCCUUGAGUAGAUUCAGUAACUAUAUCACAGACUUUUUUUAAUCAAAAUUAACCUGCUGCCCUCUCCGAAAUGAGGCUUAUGUGGAGAGAGAAUAGAAUUAAAUUUAACAACUACUAUUUAACUUCCAACUAAAUUAAUUUUUACUUUCUAAGAGAAGUACCUGAAAACUAAGACUGGGGUAUUUUUCCCUGCUUGAUUAAUUUAGGAAGAAAAUUAUAAUUUGCUAAACAUUAUAGAACAGUUUGGGUACUAGGAAAUGACUACAUCUCUGUUAUAAAAUAAAAUUGGAUUUAUGUUAAAUCAGUGAAUGAUUAAAAUAGUGAACACUGAUUUAUCAACCCUUUAAGAAUGAAAGCUGACAAUCUCAAAGACACGGAACAGCAAUUUUUUUUCCCAGGGGGAAAAAAAAACACUGUUCCACAAAAAAAAAAAAAAAAAAAAAAAGUUCAAAACUGUGUCAUCGUCCCCCCAACCUCCUACUUAAAUAGACCAACUCCGAGACUGCACCACAGUGGAGGAAAUGGUAAAGCCCCAAAAAUGGCCCAGCGAUUUUUUUCUCAGGGAAACAAAUUGCUGUUCCGUGUUCUUUGGGAUUGUCAGCUUUCGCUAUUAAAGGGUCGAUAAAUCAGCAUUUGCUAUUUUAAGCAUUCGCUGAUUUAAUAUAGACCCAAUAACAUUGACUCCAUCAUCUUUUCGGAAUAUGGACAAAAUUCAUUUAAUCUGCCUCCUAAAUCAUGUGGCACUUUGAAGUUUUAUAAUAUGAUCCUUAUGAAAUGUGUAGCUAGCUGAUGAAAUGUGUAGCUAGCGGCAUUUCUCUUUGAUUUAUUUAUGUCCAUCCACUUAGAUCACAUCAACAUUGGAAUGAGCUCUGUUACUAAAGUGCACUUUAGUUAUAUUUCUGCCUUCUAAAGCCUUGGAACAUUUAUAAACCUACUGAUAGGAAAAGAAUAAAGCCAAGAUUGUUGUGACAAUAAUGCUUUAAUUUAUUUAUUUUUUUUUUAAUAAUCACUCUGUGAUUAUCAAGGAUGAUAAGGAUUGAGGUGGCACACAAGGGUUUGCUGUCCCCUGUAUUGGGACUGUUCUGUCUGUUAGUGUUUUCAGUUUGACUGAUCAUACCUUUGAUUUCUCCUGCUUAAACUUUAAUAAAUUGAGGAAUGAAUUCUACUCCCUCAAACUUUAAGUGGGAAGUUUAUUUUAUUUUAUUUUAUUGCAGUCUGUUUUUUUGGGUAAAGCACUGAUUCACUUGGACGUUUUUCAGACUCACCAUGUUUUUCUAGCGUAGAAGACAAUUCAAGGUGUAGGCAUAAUUGAUGUUAAAAUAGUUUCAUAGUUAUAUACUAGGCUAGUAGCCACCAGGGUCUUUAUAAGCCCAGCCAUGCAAUCCAUCCCAGUUGUAUCCCUAGAUAUCAAGGCUGAUUAGUAGGAGGGGGUAUGUCAAGAAGUUUCUAGAGGUUAUGUGGGGGCAAGGAUAUGUUAGUUUGGGCAUAACUGUCUUCCUCUGUCUAUCAAAUACAUGGGAGCCAGACCCCAGGUGAAUUUUCAAGUUCCCAUCCAUUGGUCAAGGUACGCUUAAAUAGGGUUAGUGAUGGACUCGGCUUCACAUGGAUGUGGAGUCUGUUCCAGAGCAUGGGAAUGCUCUGAGACAUACAUCUGUAUUGCCAACAGGUCUUAUUUAUGUCAUGAGCAAAAUUUAAAUCCUAGAAUCUAGUGGUUCUAAUGCUGUUCAUUUUGCAGCUAUGCAAAAGGUCCAUCAGAACUGGAUCUGAGGUUGCUUUUUAUGCCAGGUAUAGAUCUCCUUUCAGUAACCUGUAGGAGACCAAAUAUAAAGAUAGGUCUUUAAGGCAGUUCACAUAGGACGAUGUUUUUAUACCUUGGAUUCUUCUGGUAAGGAUCCCUUGUGGGCAUUCCAACUGUUGCAUAUAUCUGGUCAGGUAUAUGCCAAAGGGAGCAUUAUACUCAAUGAUGGGCCUGAUAUGGGCCAAAUAAAGUGGCACUAUAAAUAAAUACAAGUCACAUGGUAUAAAAAAACAGUCAGGAGAUUGUAAACAAAUAUUAAAUACAGUUAACACAGGACAAGUUUAAGUAUGCUUCUCUUUCAUUCUUAAUGGCUGAAGCUUUUUGCAUUUCAGCAUAGUUGCUGCAGAAGCUAUGUAUAGUUCCUUCCGGCAUUUAAAUAAUCUUUAUGUUGAUUUCUGUACUGACAUUCUAAUUUUAAGUAGCUACAACAUCACUAAUUCUGUUUUGUUUUUAUUCUUUGGUAAUUAGUAUCAUCAUGUUUUUUUUCUAUACCGCAUUAUCAAUUUUUCAGGAAAAAAUUGAGACAACUUGUACAUUAAGAAAAUAAGUUUGCACUUAGCUGAUCAAAUCUGAAAGUACAGUUUACAAAUGUUUAAUCAGCAUGUCAAUUUCUUGUUUAAUUAAACAGUGACAUGGAAACCUGAGUCACAAUAAAGUCCCAGUUUUAAGUCAAAAGAAAAAAAGGAAUGU